GGAGCCAAAACUCUUCUGUUCCCCAGAGCAGGAUGGUCGGUCUGAAGCCCACAGACGUCCCUCCAUCUGUAACCAUCAAAUUUCUCAGUGCCGGCACAGCAGCAUGUAUAGCCGACCUUUGUACUUUCCCCUUGGACACGGCAAAAGUCAGGCUACAAAUUCAAGGCGAAUCAAAAGCUUCCAAGACCACAAAGAACAUCAAAUACAAGGGCGUCUUUGGCACCAUCACCACCAUGGUGAGGAUGGAAGGGCCCAAGAGCCUCUACAACGGGCUGGUGGCCGGCCUCCAGCGCCAGAUGAGCUUCGCGUCCAUCCGCAUCGGCCUCUACGACUCAGUGAAGCAGUUCUACGCUCCCAAGGGAUCAGAUAAUGCUAGCAUCUUCACUCGACUGCUUGCCGGUUGUACCACUGGCGCCAUGGCUGUAACGUGCGCCCAGCCCACUGACGUGGUCAAGGUGCGCUUCCAAGCACACAUCAGGGUGGUCGGUGGACCCAAGAAGUACAACGGGACGGUGGAUGCCUACCGGACGAUCGCGAGGGAGGAAGGGGUCAAAGGCCUGUGGAGAGGGACUUUGCCCAACAUCACUCGCAACGCCAUCGUGAACUGCGGGGAGCUGGUUACCUACGACCUCAUCAAGGAAACAGUGCUGAAAUACCACCUCAUGACCGAUAAUUUCCCAUGCCAUUUUGUUGCCGCCUUCGGAGCCGGGUUCUGCGCGACGGUGGUGGCGUCGCCAGUGGAUGUUGUCAAGACAAGAUACAUGAACGCCAUCCCCGGGCAGUAUAAAAACGCCCUCAAUUGUAUGCUGACCAUGGUGGUGAAGGAGGGCCCCACCGCGUUUUACAAAGGCUUCAUGCCCUCAUUCCUUCGCCUGGGCUCCUGGAACGUGGUGAUGUUUGUGUCCUUCGAGCAGCUGAAAAGGUUGAUGGUUCUGGCGCAGGUGGCCUGGGAGUCCCCGUUUUGAAGCCACAAGCAGCCAUCUCUGGGCUGAGA